AGAUAGGCAGGUAGUGAGGAGGAGCAGACACGUCACAGCAGCAGCAGUCAGCAGCAGCAGCAGCAGCAGCAGGCAGGAGCAGCGGCAGACAGUCAGCAGCAGCAGCGGCAGACAGUCAGCAGCAGCAGGCAGGAGCAGCGGCAGACAGUCAGCAGCAGCAGGCAGGAGCAGCGGCACAGCAGCAGCAGCGGCAGACAGUCAGCAGCGGCAGACAGUCAGCAGCAGCAGGCAGGAGCAGCAGCAGGAGCAGUAGCAGCAGCAGCAGAGUCAACAGUAACAGGAUCAACAGUAGUAACGGGAAGAGCAACAGUACAAGUAACAGCAGCAGCAGACAGUAACAGGAUGACAGUCUCCCACAAUUACUGAUAAAAUAUAUACAUAUAUUCCACUCCUCCAUCAUAGUACUCAGUCUGACACUCAUGUACUUGCAAGAUGUCGAAGAAGUUACAAGAUAAUCCAUUUGCUGCAUUGUUCUGCUCGGUGAAUGAUGCAGAGGAGUUUAGCAAGCGGCAGCAACAGCAAGAUGACCACUUCAACUCAGACACCAUCAAAGAUUUGCACAGAAGGUCAUCUAAUGGCAGAGGGCUAAGCACAACAGACUUCCUUGAAGAUUUACUGCUGGUGACCACUAGACCUGGACCAUACUCCUCCCCACGGGUGCUGCUAAAUGACAGUGAAAACCUCACUACAGACACUAUCCAGCUCCUGCUCUUUGACCGGUUGCUGCUAGAAAACCCAAAUUCUCAUGUAGUAGGGCUUGGGCGUGAGGGUAGAGAGGAGGCUGGAAGAGUAGAGGUUGUAGUGUACCUUAGUGAAGUGUAUGACAGAUGCUGGGCAGCCAGAGACACUCCUCUCUCUCAUGUAGCCAAACAGGUGCAGGCAGCCGUGAUAACCAACCUUGCCACAGCUUUGGAACAGCCCGAACUCUACCGUGGCCAGUACCCAGACCGACAGCUAUGCCAGAUCCUCUUGAAAGAAUUGGGUCAGAAAUCUGCUGUGGAGGAACUUGCCUAUGAGCUGAUCAAGCAUCUAGAUGAACAAGGCACAACUCCUCCUCCAUUAUUUGAUCAGCUUAUUGAUGAUGUGACCAAACAACUAGACCAGAGCUCCCUCAUGGCAGUAGAUUACCAUUUGGUGGAUAUAAUAGAAUUCUAUGCUUCAUCACCUUACCUAGCAAACAUCCUUGUCAGGACCCCUGAAAAGGUGAAUCAGGACAGGACUGGCAGAGCUUAUCAGAACACGCCGCUGGGCAGUUUGCUCAGUAUAUCAUGUCUUACGAAGCAUCUAGGCGCUUCAUAUGAGUUCUUCGAGAAGCCAUCAUCACAGCCUGGCCAGGUCCACAAGGACACAGAGAACACUAUAUGGCGAGCACAGAAUAAUAUAAAUGUCAGGGUUUACAAAAUUUUCUACAUGUUACUGAAGGUAUCAGCAGAGGCCAAGGCUGGACUGUUGACAUGGGUAGAAUCAUGCCUUGCAGCAAACAGCGGGCGUGCUGGUUUGUGGCAUGUUCAGGGAGGAUUGCAAGGUGUCACUUAUGUUUCUGAUGGCUUUAUGAUUAACCUUGGUGCAGUAAUGCUGCAGUUGGCACAACCAUUUACUCAAGAUCUUAAAACUGCCAAAAUACUUAAGGUUGAUCCUACGUAUUGUGCAGCUCCACGAAUGAGUAACAAUAAUGGAGUGCCAGGAGCGUACACAGGAGACCUUGGGAAACAGACCACACUUGUCCCGCAUCCAGAGAACUCGACUCGCUCGCACUCCAAGGAAUAUUCCUUCAUCAGUGCCUGCUUUUUCUUGACACACAGAGCACUGCACCUUGGGAUACAGGUGGUUCAGCAGAAGCUUCACAAGUUGUCUCAGGAGCUGGGACGUAUGCAACAUGAGUUCCAAGAUGCGUCUGCUCAAGGCUCACCUGCUACAGAGAUGAUGCGCUCGCACAUGGAGUCACGCACCACUAGUCUCCUCUCCCUUAAAGCUGCCAUAUUUGAACCUAACAUGGUGGAAAGUUUACUCCAGUUUCUAGCAGCUUCUGCUGAAUGGUUGGUACAAAUGGCACUUUGCCCUCCAAAUCAACUUAGUCCACCAACAGCACUACAGGAAGUUAAAGUACCACUUCCUGAAGAUACUGAUGUACACAUUUUCUUACAAUGUAUCCCCGAAUUCCUAGUUGAGACUCUUACAGAGACAAUCAGUUCUGUUCGGAGAUAUAGUGCACCUCUCUUAAGCUCUACUGGAGGCAUCCUGAUACUGCCCCACCUCAUGUCUUUCAUAGUUGUGUUCAUGGGCUCUCCUAAACGCAUGAACAAUCCUCAUCUUCGUGCCCAUCUCGCUGAAUGUUUAGAAACUCUACUUCCAGAGAGCGGUAGUUCAAGUGGAGGACUACUCGCCGGUUGCCGAGAGCAUCUAUUUACAAAGCAUCCUGCAUCUCCACAGCUUGUCACUGCUCUUAUACAUGUGUUUGUCAGCAUUGAAAUGACAGGCCAGAGUGUUUCCUUUGAGGAGAAGUUUAACUAUAGAAGACCUAUGUACGAGGUGAUGAAAUACUUGUGGGAAAUGCCUAAACAUCGAAAAAGAUUUACAGAAUUAGCUGAAGAAUCUCUGGCUAACAUGGAGUCUGCCAAACCUCCAUUAUUCCUACGCUUUGUCAACCUCUUGAUAAAUGAUGCCAUUUUCUUGUUAGAUGAAGGGUUGUCGUAUAUGUCACAGCUUCGAGAAAGUCAGAAAGAAAGGGAUAGUGGAGAGUGGCUGAAUCUGCCUACAACUCAGCGAGCAGAAAGGGAGAGCAGUUUCCAGCACAUGUCUCUCUUGGCUCGCUUUCAUAACAUGCUUGGAGCACACACCAUCCAGACACUUAUCAGACUCACUAAAGAGAUUCCACAGAUGUUUACUCACGCCACCCUCGUUGACCGCAUGGCUGCCAUGCUCAACUAUUUCCUCUCUACACUUGUUGGACCAAAGCAACGCAAUCUUAAGGUAAAAUAUAGCUGUUUUUUUGUACAAGUACGUGAUGCCAAGUAUCAAAAUACCAAAAUAGUGACAAACAUAUGCAUGAUGACCAGUAUUAAUGAGGGUCGUAUUGGGCGUGGAACCCUAGCAGUAGAAUUGCAGUUGAUAUCAGAUAAGGUGCUAGUGGCUGGUCGUACUCAUGCUGAGGAGGAAGACAUAGCAGCUGAUGCUCCAGAGGAAUUCCUUGACCCAAUCAUGUCACAUCUGAUGACUGACCCCGUUAUUUUGCCAUCAUCUAGGUUAACGUGCGACAGACAUACCAUCGCGCGACACCUUCUGUCUGACCAAACAGAUCCUUUUAACCGUCAGCCACUCAACAUGGAAGAGGUCCGUCCCAACACUGAACUCAAGGAAAGAAUUAUGGCCUGGUUGAAGGAGCAGCGUGCGCUAAGAGCAAGAAGAGCUGUAGCUCAGGAGGAAAUGAAAGAUUCUAAUUAACUGAGAAAAAAAUCUUAUGCUUUUAUAAUACCUGUGUAUAGCUCCUUAAGAUGUCUUGAAAACAAGUUUACUUGUACAAAUGGCAAACUUGUUAAACCCCCUAUUUUUCUUAAAAUUAAAAAAUAGUUUGCAUCACUAAUGGAGGAUAGUUUUAUUUAAGUGUUACUGAAGUGUUUGAUGUUCAAAGAUGCAUCAGAUGUGUGAUAUUAGUAGAUAAUUGUUCUACAUUCCUCCUUGGAUUAUUGAUGGAAAAUGUUUAAUAAAUUUUGUGUUA